AUGUUGAAGACAGUCAAACCCAAAAAUGCCCGCGCCAAGCGCGCAAUGGCAAAGCGCGAGCCGCAGCAGAACGAGAACCCCAAGACGACCCUCUUCGUGACGGGCCAACGGACGUCUCAGAUCCUCAAGCUCGCCGUCGCCGAUCUCAGCACGCUCAAGCGACCCUUCUGCGAGAGGUUCACCAAGAAGAACGACAUCCACCCGUUCGACGAUGCCUCCUCCCUCGAGUUCUUUUCCCUCAAGAACGACACCUCCCUCAUCAUGCUCUCCCUCCACUCCAAGAAGCGCCCACACUGCCUCACCCUCGCCCGCACCUUCUCCCACAAGAUCCUCGACAUGCUCGAGCUGUACAUCAACCCCGACACCUUCCGCACCCUCCAGCAAUUCAAGAACAAGAAGCCCUCGAUCGGCCUCAAGCCCCUCCUAGCCUUCCACGGCACUGUCUUCGAAGACCCGAACCAGACCAAGUACACGCUUGCGAAGAGCCUGUUCAUCGACUUCUUCAAAGGCCAAGACGCCGAGGAAAUCGACGUCGAGGGCCUACAAUACCUGAUCAGCAUUUCCGCACAAGAACCCACCGACGCGAAGCAAAACCCCGAAAUCAAGCUGCGAUUCUACUUGAUCCGCACCAAGCGCUCGGGACAAAAGCUGCCCCGUGUCGAGGUCGAGGAAAUGGGCCCCAGGAUGGACUUCUCGCUUGGUCGCGAACAGUUCCCCGAUGCGGAUAUGAUGAAGGCGGCGCUGAAGAAGCCAAAGGGUGCCGAGCCGAGGACGAAGAAGAACAUCGACACGGAUGUCAUGGGAGACAAGACUGGUAAGAUCCAUGUGGGUAAGCAGGACCUGGGCACCAUGCAGACAAGGAAGAUGAAGGGUCUCAAGAGGAGUAGAGGAGACAGGGACGAGAACGAUGUCCAGACGGUACAGACUGGAGGUGAUGAGACCGGUGGAGAGAGUGUAGAUGACGAGGCGACGCCCAAGAAGGCGCGUGUCUAA